UUGGAUGAUAAGAUAAGUGCCGUUAAGAGACUCCAAUUUAAGGAUAUUAGUGAAGAAACAAAACAAAGAGUUGUCGAAGAAGUGAAUAGUUUAACAAAACUGGACUCAAAUUUUGUGAUCAAAUAUGAAGAUUCAUAUCUCGAGUCCAAUCAUCUCUACAUUCAAAUGCAAUUCUAUUCGCAAAGUCUUCGAACUGUUCUCAAAGACAAACCCAUUGUCUUCGGGAGACAACCGGACGAACCAAUGAAUGUCUUUGAAUACUUUACUUCGUGUGAAAUAUUCAAAGAACUCUUAGAAUGUGUUGAAUAUCUCCACGAAUCGGAUCCACCGGUCAUUCAUCGGAAUCUAAAACCGGAAAACAUAUUAAUUGAUCCCAACUUUACAUCCAAUCGUUGUGUAAAAGUGUGUGACUUUGGAUUAGCCACUGAUCACAACACCAGUAAACAAACUGUCAGUUCAUUUGUGCACUCAGUUUGUGGUACUGUUGGAUAUAUAGCGCCCGAAAUACUUCUGGGUAAACAAUAUGACCACAAAUCAGACAUUUAUAGCCUCUCUAUAAUCGGCGAAGAGUUGUUUGGCAUUGAUCUCCAGGAUUGGAAAUUAAUUGAAGCGAAAAAGUUGUCGUUCAAGAAAUGCAUACAAAGCAUAUACGGGACACUUCUGGAGAUGAUGUCAACACCCUUUUGGAGACAAAGGCCUGAGUGUCGGGAAGUGUUGGCCAAACAUAACGAGUGGCAUUGUGAUUGGCUGUUGCACAUAUGGACCAUGAACAGAUAUAAUGCAUUAUACGUGACAAACGAUGAUAUGGUCUACGGAUUGGGCAAUAAUAGCGAGGGAUGUCUGGGUUUUGGACACAACAGACCUAUAAUAUCACCCGAACUGAUCCCUGAAUUAUGUCAGCAAAACAUCCAAUACUUUGUCAACGGAAGUAAUUUUGUGAUAGCAGUGAAUGGCGUGAAUCAGAUCUACGGUUUCGGUAGCAACACGUGCGGACAAUUGGCCCGCAAUACAGAUACCUAUUAUUGUAACCAAAAACCAGAUAUAAUCGCAUACUUUUACGAUAAAAGUAUUGUACAAAUCAGUUGUGGUUCUCAUCACACGCUAGCCCUCACCUGUGAUGGCCGGGUGUAUGCCUGGGGUGACCAUGAAUGCGGACAAAUUGGUUGUGGUAAUAAUUGCUAUGAGACUGGGAUUGUUUACACACCAUUUGAGUUACAAUUUGGUGAUAAUUACAAAAUACAAUCCGUGUAUUGUUAUAAUGACUGGUCGUUUGCCAUCACCACCGAUGGCCAGGUGUUCAGUUGGGGUCAGAAUGAAUGCCACCGAUUGGGACACAGCAAUACCAAAACAGAUACCGUU